GCCCUGAGCAUAUAGAGACUGGAGCCAGGAACAGGCUUUUGGAGUUUUCCAUAGCUUCUGGGCUAGGAGUGGUGUCAGAUGUCAGUCAUCCAGAAAGACAGCCAGCACAAACUCAUCCUAAUUUCCUGGCAACACCUCCUCCCUAAGAAGCCCACUCCAAAGGAAGGAGGUGGCUGGCCACCCUCAGGACAGACGAUUUUUCCAGACAGCCCGGUGGAGCUCUCUCUUUUUGGCCUGACGACUGGGACAAUCCCUGCCCAAAUCCAAGAUUGCCUCUGUGACCAUCUGACUCAUCGGAAAAGGACAAAAAGCCAAGUGUGGAUUAGGUCACUUUUGAUGGCCUUUUAACCUUGAGGCAACAAGAAGAGCUCAAGAUUACAUGAGGCAGAGCUAAGAGAAGGAGGAUACCUUCUCGGCAGAAUUGCUUACAAAACCAUCGAAUUCCAAGCCAGCUACAUCCAGAGAGCAAUCAAAUCCAAUUCCCAAGAUGUCUUGAAGUCAUCCUGAUACAAUGGGCUCCUAAUACUACCUGGGAUUUUGGAUAUUUGAACUCACUCAAAACUGGGGCUAACUCACUCUGCUCUGCUGGUGGGAGUUGCCUUUCGGAGUGGGGGAAGAGGGGGUCUUUAUUCUUCUUUGUGGGCGUUCUGAGCUCCCUGCUGUUAUGGAGUAGGCCUCUUGAACUGGAUUGAGAGCUGAAGUCAAGUCAGGAAAACAGACGCUUUGCAAGAAAUCCAUGCUUUUGGAAAGUCUUUCCUAUAAUCUCACUUGAAUGGAGUAGUAGAAGAACCCUUUGAGUAAGAGAGGAGGAAUGCUUAUACCAUCAGGAAAGUGACUAUUCUCUCUCACCUAAUAUUCCUUUUCCCCUACCUACCAAGUGUAGGGUAACAGCAGCAGACAUGGUGGUCACCCGGGUGGAAUUGGAACUGUGCUUCCGGGCCAACAAGCUGAGAGGGUUCACCUGUAAACUGACUAGAUUCCCUUAUGGAUUCAUCCCAGAGACAUCCUUCUCUAUCUUCUCCCAGAUCCUUGUGCCACUCCUAUUGUCUGGACUGAGUCUGGUAGCUGUGGGUCUGUAUAUGCAUGAAGUCCAAAACUGGAAGGUGUUUAAGCAAAUUGAAGAAAUUAUCACCUUGAUACCAGCCCUAGUGGGUCUGAAGGGAAAUCUGGAAAUGACUCUAGCAUCCCGGCUUUCUACAGCUGCCAACACAGGACAAAUGGACAGUCGAUCUGAGCAGUGGAAUGUGGUUAUCAGCAACCUGGCUGUCAUUCAGGUACAGGCCACAGUGGCGGGGCUCCUGGCUGCUUUGGCAGCGCUGUUCCUGGGAGCCACCAUAAGCAAACAGAUGAUGCUGGAUAAGGCCAUCGUGCUCUGUGCCAGCAGCAUUACAACAGCCUUUGUGACGGCCCUUGUUCUUGGUCUAGUGAUGGUUGCUGUGAUUAUCCUCUCCCGGAAACUGGAGAUAAACCCAGAUAACAUUGCUGCCCCUAUUGCAGCGAGUCUCGGAGACCUGAUAACUCUAGUGAUCCUGGCGGCAGUCAGCAGCAUCUUUUAUGAAUACAAAGACUGUUAUUUCCUGUCUCCACUGGUCUGUUGUGCCUUCAUCAGUCUGAUACCGCUUUGGAUUGUAAUUGCCAAACGAAAUCCUGCCAUCUUGGAGAUCCUGAAAUUCGGGUGGCACCCCAUCAUCAUUGCCAUGGGAAUUAGCAGUCUUGGUGGUCUGAUCUUAAUGGAAACCAUCUCCAAACCACACUUUGAAGGCAUGACUGUUUUCUCUCCUGUUAUCAACGGAGCAGGUGGCAAUCUCGUGGCUGUGCAGGCCAGCCGCAUUUCUACUUUCCUGCACUUCUGGAGCACACCUGGAGUGCUUCCUCUUGGGAUGAAGUCCCAUUGUCCUCAUCCGUGCUCAACAUUCUUCGGUUCAGGUUCAAAUUCCAAAUCAGCCCGAGUCCUGAUUCUGCUGGUGAUUCCAGGCCACCUGUUGUUUCUCUACAUUACCCACACCUUGAAGAAAGAUAACACGGCUUUCAUCACUUCCACUUUCGUGGUGCUUUAUCUGUUCAUGGCGUUGCUCCAGGUAUGGAUCCUGCUCUACUUGGCCGACGUGUUGGUACGGCUCUUAUGGUGGAAAUCAAUGGAUCCCGAUAACUAUUCCAUCCCAUUCCUCACUGGCCUGGGAGAUUUAUUUGGUACAGGACUCCUGGCCCUCUGUUUCCAGCUGGUGUGGCUCAUAGGUGGAAAACCGACUCAGUCAGCAAAUUCGACGUAUGUGUCCACUACCACAGCCCAUCCCUGACCCUAAGCUGCCUCGGGGCUGAGGGCUUUGCUCCAGUUUCCAGUUCGCUGUUGUACAGUUAGAGCUUCCUCAACUCUUCCCUCCCCUGACCCUAGUGGACCGCAACUUCGUCUGUCCAUCGUUGAUCACCUUCUUGAUGCCCCCCGCCCCCAACCCCGGCCCCCCAGAGCCAGAGACUCAAGAUAUAUUCCUUUGCAUGAUUUGGGAGCUGGUAGUACAAUCGAAGCUUCAGGAAUGAAUUAAGAAUAAAAUGUGCUCU